GUUAUGGUGUUAUAUUACAACUUAAUUUGCAAGCAGUAUCGAAUUCCCUGUAUGAACCUGCCGACUUUGAGAUUAUAACGUUUGUUACUGUAACUAGGUAUCGGGUUCAGAAAUAAUUUGGAUAAAAUCGUCAUGGACCAUUUCAACCAUGAUAUGGGUCACGAGGGUCACAUGGAACACGAUAUGGACCAUAAUAUGAUGGCGCACAAAGAACAUCUGCACAAUAGCACGCAUAUAAUGGAUGAAUCUUUAGACACCAUGUUCAACGCAACCGAUGACAUUGCCAAUAUGGACUAUAGAUCAGAUUUCAGCAGCCACGGAGAUCACCAUAAACAUCACACAAGCGGUGGAAGUCAUAUGAUGUCAAUGACAUUUCAUGGAGGCUGUGUAGAAACAAUUUUGUUUUCAUGGUGGAAUGUAACAGAACUUGGAGAAUUUAUCGGUUCAUUUUUCGCAAUCUUCCUAAUGGCUUUACUCUAUGAAGGGCUCAAAUACUAUAGAAAGCAUUUGUUAUGGAAAACGUACACUGGACUUCAGUAUUGUGCUGUGUCUGCACCCGACAAAGGUGUCUCAAAUAUAUGUGCACCAGAUGAACCUCAAGUGAUACAACCUAUGCCCCAUGUACUUGAAAGAAAUGUACCUACUAUGUUAAGUUCAGCACACACGUGGCAAACGGUACUGCACGGGGUGCAAGUGCUUGUGAGUUAUAUGCUGAUGCUGGUGUUUAUGACGUACAAUACAUGGUUGUGUGCGGCCGUCGUGCUCGGCUCUGCGACAGGAUACUUCCUCUUUGGUUGGCGGGAAUCAGUUGUCGUAGAUUUCACUGAACAUUGCCACUGAUGAAUAUGAAACAUUUUAUUUAUUGACAUUGUUUUAUAGGUAAAUUAAGUUUUGCGUUCCUCCAAUAUAGGUCCUAUAUGUGAUAUGUUACCUAAACAAUUUGCAUAAACUUUAAAUGUUUUUAAUUUGUAUUCGUUUACCAACUAGCCCUAUUAUUAGAACUUGAAACCUGCCAGGUUUUUCUCAAAAAUAUAACAAAUAUAAGUCCCUUGUUUAAUAUUGUUAUCAUGUUAUAAGACAGACUUUUGUGUAAGUCUUACUUUUUGGGCGACAAUGUUUAUAUUAAACCAGUUAUAUAAUUGUAAUUUUUAGGCCAAUUUUAUAUACAGACUUAUAUAGCUAGCGAUAU